CGUUGUAGAGGCGUGUGCAGAGUGGAAUGUGCCAUGCGUGCUGUGCGACACUGAGGCAAGACUCGAUUUUUUUUUCGAGUGGGACAGUGAUUGAAUGGGCAAUUAGCGUUGAAAAAAGUCCUGGAGCACGCGAAUCCGUCACAAUACAGAAUAGCCGCGGGUUCUUAUCCCCUUCUGCUCGGAUCAGCUAAAAAUCCAACGAUUCGUUUGGUUUAUUUACCGGGGACUCUGGCCACUUUGCAUCGAUUUGCGAUUCACUUGGAACGGUCUCCGGACGUUGGAAAGACUACUUGGACAACUGGAGAAACUACUGGAACAAUUGGAGAACUCACUCAGUCAUUUAUCAGAUUUUUAUCGAGUAUUGAUUCAAUUUUUUUUUUUGGGGCCCCCGAGGAUUUAUGAUUUCUGAUUAUUUCGCGUUGACUCCGGUUGAAGGGAAUUGAGAGGGACAUGCACGGCUUCUGGGUGUGGAUGACACUUUUAAUUUCCAUCGAGAUUUAUGUUGUCGAGGAAAUUAGUGCUGCCAGAACUCCUGGGGGAUUUCAAACCGGAAGGAUCACUCGGGCCUCUAUAUACAAAGCUGUUCUCACCCAACGGGGAUAUAUUCAGUUUCUCCGUUGGCAGCUGUCAGUCCCGGAAAUCAAUGAAUUUACAUUCUGCGAGUGGGUCAAGUCUACGAAUCUCACAUACCCACAUUCAAUAUUCUCCUAUUCGAAAAAUGGAACAGAUCGUCUAGUGCGUGCCUGGAUAUCUCCAUUUGGCAGAAGCAUUCACCUGGAAAUUAAUAAAAUCGAGAUAAUGGCAGAGCCGACAAUUAUUCUGGAGAACCAGUGGUACCACAUUUGCCAGAGUUGGGAUAAUCGUGAGGGACGAUAUGGGUUGUGGAUUGAUGGAAAAAUAAAAGUGGAUGACACUUUUCCAGAGAUGGCGGGACAAGUGAUACCAGCAGGUGGAGACAUAGUUGUCGGUCAGGAGUACACGGACUUCGAUAAAGGUCUUGAAGAGGGGAUAGAAGGUGCAGUGCUGGGGUUCAAUCUCCUGCUGGUAUCGGCCUUCGAUGUGGAAUCAACAUUUAUCGAGAUAAAUCAUUUGGACGAUGGACUAUUAAUGGCGCCCAUCAACUUUCCGAAAUUUCCAGUGGGUGGGGAAGGCAUUAGUUCUGGACGACGGCGUCCGAUAUACCCUAAUUAUCCCCCUUCAGCGAUGUAUGCACGAAAACCCGGGAAUCCCAGGGCUCUCCGGAUCAGGGGUACCAGGCAGGCGAAGCAGGUACCUCUGGGAUUGAGGCUGAUUGAAACUGGAUAUUAUCACUGCGAGGAGGGACGGGGUAGUCCUUACCUCGGAGGAUCUAAAUUACUCAUUUCAUGGACCAGAACUCCUGUUCGCGUUUUUGGCGGGGCUCUUUUGAAAAAUGUUGACAGCCAAUGCCGAAUCUUCAACGCGUGAACAAUUAAUUUAAAUACUGUAAUUCAUAUUUUCUACAGAUCUAGAAAAAAUCGUCUUUCGAACCCAUGGAAAAAUGUAAGGAAUAUAUAUAUAUGGCGGAUUUUGAAUACAUUUGACAAAAUAUUUGGUUUUCUCUUGUAGGAUGCGAGAAAAAAUAAUGGAAUUAUUCCCAAACUCAAAAAAAACUUCUAAAAACUGUUCUCAUAAAUCUAGAAAA